AGCUUCUUUAGGCGCUCAUUUUGCCUUCUCUAUUUAUUCACCUUUUUCCGCUCUCAACACAACCAACUCUACACAUCACAUUUCUCACUUGAUUUUUUAGAGAGAGAAACUCUCCCAAAAAUCAAAACAGGAGAGAGAAACAUAAUACUCCAACAAUGGAUGCACCAUUGUUAAACGGCGUUGAUACGUCGGAGCCGCUUAUCGCCGCCGUAAAUGUUCCCGGAGAAGAAGGUGAUUAUCCGCCGAUUACGAGUUUCAAGGAUGCCACGUCGGUGUACUGGUCGGAAUCGGUGAAACUCUGGAAAAUUGGUGGUCCAUUGGUGUUUAAUAUACUAUGUCAGUUUGGUACUAAUUCGCUCACUAAUAUAUUCGUUGGACAUAUUGGAGACCUUGAGCUUUCUGCUAUCUCCAUUUCUCUCUCUGUUAUCGGGACUUUCUCCUUCGGAUUUCUGCUUGGUAUGGGGAGCGCACUUGAGACAUUGUGUGGCCAAGCUUUUGGUGCCGGACAAGUUUUUAUGCUUGGAAUUUACAUGCAACGCUCUUGGAUUAUCCUGUUGAUGAGCUGUCUUGUACUGUUACCUAUAUACAUCUUCGCUGCACCAUUAUUAAAGCUUCUAGGACAGGACCAUGAUAUAGCUGUUCUUGCCGGAAAGUUCACCCUUCUCACCAUACCACAGCUAUUCUCUCUGGCUAUCAAUUUUCCUACUCAGAAAUUCCUACAAGCCCAGAGCAAGGUUGAUGUACUGGCUUGGAUUGGGUUUUUGGCUCUAAUUGAGCAUGUGGUGCUUCUCUGGCUUUUCAUUUCUGUAUUUGGCUGGGGUCUACUAGGGGCUGCAGCAGCUUUUAACUUCACAAGCUGGUUGGUUGCAAUAGCCCAAUUAGUUUAUGUUUUUGGUUGGUGCAAGGAUUCUUGGUCAGGGUUUUCAUGGGCGGCUUUCAAGGAGAUAUGGGCCUUUGUUAGGCUUUCAAUUGCCUCUGCUGUUAUGCUUUGCCUUGAAAUCUGGUAUAUGAUGAGCAUAACUCUCUUAGCCGGUCACCUUUCAAAUGCCGUGAUUGCUGUAGGGUCCUUAUCUAUCUGCAUGAAUAUAAACGGAAUAGAAGCUAUGAUAUUCAUUGGAAUAAAUGCUGCUAUAAGUGUUCGUGUAUCAAAUGAGCUUGGAUUGCUUCAUCCAAGGGCAGCCAAAUAUAGCGUCUGUGUUGCAGUUGUCCAGUCUCUCGUCAUUGGGCUUUUGAGCAUGGUGGUCAUCCUUGUUGCUAGAGACUAUUUUGCUGUUAUUUUCACUGACAGCGAGGUAUUGCAGCAAGCAGUUUCCAGAUUAGCUUGGCUUCUUGGUGUUACUAUGGUUCUUAACAGCAUUCAGCCAGUCAUUUCAGGAGUGGCUGUUGGAGGGGGAUGGCAAAGUACUGUUGCAAAUCUAAACUUAGCUUGCUAUUAUGCUUUUGGGCUACCUCUUGCUAUUAUUCUUGGCUAUGUAGCAGAUUUUGGAGUAAUGGGCAUUUGGGGGGGCAUGAUUGCUGGAACUGCCCUGCAGACGAUAAUUCUACUCAUCAUUCUCUACCGAACAAACUGGACAAAAGAGGUUGAGGAAACAAGUAGCCGUAUGCGGAAGUGGGGUGGCCAGGAGAUCAAGACAGAUAAGAUUGCUAACAGCAUAUGACUGACUUAUUGAUAGUGAUGUCGACUUAAUGCUCUUUCAUCACUCGAUGUUUCACUGUCGGAGUUUUGGAUCUUUUGACCGGAGCUUUCUUGCCAAUGCCGUAUUGUCUAAGAGGGUUGCAAUCACUGUGCUGGUGAGAAUAAAAGUUUAUUUCACAUAAUGUGGAGUUACCAGAUCUCUACUCCAUUUUCCUUAGCUUAUUUGUUUGCCUUCCAUGUGCUGUUCUGAAGGAAAUUUGCUCAUUAAACUAGGGCAUUGCUAGUCUAGAAGCCGAAGCAAGAUCGUUGUUGGAAUUUUUUGUGAUUUCAUUAUUUAGCUGCAAUUCCUUUAGUUAAACAUGUAUUAUUGCACAUCUUUGCAGCAGAUAUGGAAUCAAUCUACUCUCAAUCUCUUCCUCACACUUUAUUGAAACAUCUUGAAGAAAUUAAUCAUUUAUAUUUCGAGAUUGAG